AUGACGGCAAACGGCCUACAGAAACCCCUCAGUGUGCUAUGCACUGGUGGCCUCGGAUACAUCGGAAGCCACACGGUGGUUCAGCUCGUCGAGGAGGGCUUCGACGUGACGAUUAUGGACAACUUGUACAACGCGUCUGAGGAAGUUUUCCGGCGAAUUCGGAAGCUCACGCACUGCGACAACGAUGUUAACGGCAAGAGCGACGCAUCGGGUUCCCACUGCCGUCUGCGAUUCUACAAUGUCGAUAUGCGGGACGAAGAAGCUCUUCGAAAACUCUUCAAAGACCGACACUUUGAUGCCGUCAUUCAUUAUGCAGGUCUCAAGGCCGUAGGCGAAUCGGUUGAGAUGCCUCUGGAGUACUACUACACCAAUAUUGUGGGCACUCUCAAUCUAUUGAAGGUCAUGGACGCGGCGGACUGCCGAUUCUUGGUGUUCUCUUCGAGUGCGGCGGUCUACAAGCCCAAGGUCGGACCGGUCGUGGAAACAGACCCGAUCGGGCCGUCGAACCCGUACGCGCAGACGAAAUCUACGAUUGAACAGAUUCUGAAAGACCUGUAUAAUGCUGACAAGCGUUGGCGCAUGUCUAUUCUUCGUUAUUUCAAUCCUGUUGGGAGCCACCAUUCUGGUCUCAUUGGAGAGUCGCCGAAACACCCUAACAAUCUCGUGCCCUACAUGCAGAAGGUGGCGGUGGGCCAACUGCCCCAUCUGAAUGUCUUUGGAACGGACUGGGACACACCGGACGGGACGGGAGUGCGAGACUACCUGCACGUGGAGGACUUGGCUGCAGGUCAUAUUGCAGCGCUUAGAAAGCUACAGAAGGAGCAGGAUGGAUGCCUUCUCGUCCACAAUUUGGGUACCGGCCGCGGAUACUCGGUGUUAGAGAUGGCCGACAUCUUCGAACGUGUGUCAGGCCGGAAGAUCCCGAGAAAGGCAGCACCUCGACGACAAGGCGAUCUCGCGAGUGUAGUUGCGGAUCCGAGCUUGGCGGAAAAGGAGCUCGGAUGGAAAGCGCGGCGGACGAUGGAGGAGGCCGUCGCAUCUGCAUGGAAGUGGCAGUCGCAGAACCCUCAUGGGUACAACACGGCUGAUCCAUGA